AAAAGUCCACACCCCUGCGCAACUACUCUUAUGCACAUGCUAGUAGCAUUUACCUUCAGCAGCUUAGAUGAGAACUGCAGUGUUCCUGGGGUCAUCUCUGAGGGGGAUUUUCCUGCGUUCUUGCUUUGAUGAGCCAUCAUGAAAAGGAGACUUUCUGGCUAUAAAAUGCUUUGUAUUUUGGGAUGGAAAUUAUCUUAGACUGCACCACUAUUUGGAAGAUUAAUAAGGAGUGGCUGUUUGGGUGUUUCUCAACACUUGGAGUGUCAGAGUUGAUCAUUUCUCACUACCAGCAACAAUGGACCUAACUUUGUGGCAGUACCAGUUCAGGAUCAUAAUGCUGGGAGACUCCACUGUGGGUAAAUCGUCCCUCCUGAAGCGAUACACCGAGGACUUGUUCCUGGAGUCAAUCAACCAAACUGUGGGUGUAGAUUUUUACGUUCACUUCCUGGAGGUGGAGCCGGGGGUUCGGGUCAAGCUGCAGUUCUGGGACACCGCUGGGCAGGAGAGGUUCAGAUCAGUGACCCGUUCUUAUUAUCGGAACUCAGUCGGAGGCCUGCUGGUGUUUGACAUCACCAGCCGGUCAUCCUUUGACCAUAUAAAGGAGUGGCACGCUGAGGUGUGCCAGCGAGUGCAGCCACAGAAGGUUCUGUUUGUCCUGGUAGGUCAGAAGAUUGACCGGGACACUCACGAGGAGAGAGCAGUGAGCCGGGAAGAGGCCCAGAAACUGGCCGGACAGCUGGGGAUGCCCUACGUUGAGGCUUCAGCGAAGACGGGACAAAACGUGAGGGAGUCAUUCGAGCUCCUCACUCGACGGGUCUACCAGGGUCUGUUGAGCGGGGAAAUAGAACUUCAGGAGGGCUGGGAUGGUGUCAAGUGUGUUGCCCCACAGGCACUGCAGUUACAAAGAAACAGUGUGUCUAAAGCCAGCGUCCCAACCAAGAACAAAAACAAGUGCUGUGGGUAAAUACUGGACUGACAUAUAACUCAUGCUCUGGCAGGAGUGAAACAGCCUGCUGGCAAGUUGGAUUUACGGUGGCGAUGUAACGUAUGACCACCCUAAGAGACACUCAAAAUAUAUAUUUUUCAUUUCUAUUGUGUGGAGUUGUGUAUAAUUGUAUACAAUUACGACUUAAUAUUGAAUCUAAACACAGUGAUGGUUUUAGAAUGUAUUACUUUAGCUGACAUCACCAGCAGUCUGACAUUUACAAUAAACUGCAAACAUUUCUAUACCCCUUGGUCUAUUUAAUAUUUUGUCACAGUGCCAUCACAAGCUAAAAUGUAUUUCAUGUCCGUGAACAGCAAGUUUUCCCUCAAAUUCUCAGAUUGAUUUGAGGACUUUGACUAGGCCUAUUCUAACCCAUUAAUAUGCUUUGAUCUCUUUAUAAUUCCAAUGCUACUCUGGAUGUGUUUUGUGUCAUUAAUGCUCAUCUUCAUAGCAAACCUGCAUCCCACUCAGUUUUUUUUGCAGAUUUUUCUUUCAGGAUUGUUCUUGUUUAGCCCCAUCUACUCUGGACAAGUUCCCUGCAAGCCACUGAAGAAGAGCAUCAAUAGUAUGAUGUUAAAACUAUUUUAGGUGUCACAGUGGAGAUGGUGUGCAGUGUUCAUUUGGCUUGUAAGUGAUAAAUCUCUGUUUUGAUCUCAUUUGACCAGAGCAGCUUUGUGUCUGUGUUGUCUAUAUUUCUAGAGCUGAUUUGCUAAGAGGGUUUCUUAUGCCAUUUUCUUCUGGGCUCUUUUUAAUGAAGGCCAGAUUGGGGAAUAGCAUGAAUUGACAGAGUCCCACAGCUGUUACUAUGAGCUUCCUGCCUGGUUCUUUCAUUAAUGCUCUCAUUGUCUGACUUGUCAUGUUUUGGUAGGUGCAGUGGCGUCUAACUGAUGUUGAAUUAAACAGUGUUCCUUUGUCUCCACGA